AUGGUAUUGGUAGGAGAUGUUAAAGAUAAAAUAUGUAUUUUAGUUGAUGAUAUGGCUGAUACUUGUGGAACAUUAUGUAAAGCAGCAGAUGUAUUAUUAGAUAAUGGUGGUGCUAAAAAAGUUGUUUGUAUAAUAACUCAUGCAAUUUUAUCAGGUAAUGCAAUUGAAAGAAUAAAUAAUUCAAGAUUAGAUAAAAUAAUUUGUACAAAUUCUUUACCUAUACAAUCAAAAUUAUCACAAUGUAAUAAAUUAGAAAUGAUUGAUAUUGCUCCAACUUUAGCUGAAGCUAUACGAAGAUUACAUAAUGGAGAAAGUGUUAGUUACUUAUUCAACAAUGUACCAGAAUAA